CUGUGUCAUUUUGACGCUUGACAUCGAUAAAAAGAUGUCUACAUUUGUGGAUGUGAAUAUCAUUAAAUAUCUUUGUUCUUGUGGGAAAAGGCAUCCAAUAUGUCGUUUAUUUUUAUGCCGACAUUGUUUGAAACUUAGAUGUGGGGACUGUGUACAGCAUGAGGUUGACACACCAUACUGCCCAAACUGUUUGGAGAACAUGCCAUCUGCUGAGGCCAAGCUUAAGAAGAACAGGUGCAGUAACUGUUUUGACUGUCCAAGCUGUGGACACACACUGACGACCAGGGCCACCAGUACAAGUGUACCUGACCCUGAGGAUCCUAACAAGACCACCCCCAAAAAGAUGUACUACAUGGUGUGUGGCUUCUGUAGGUGGACCACCAGAGAUGUGGGGAUCCCCGACAAACCAGUCGCCAGUGGUGGAUGGGAAGACUUGGAGAACAAGGACGCUAAGCAGAUUUUCUCUUUGCUGGAAACGUAUGAGAAAAUUGCUCAGAAGGAAAAAGCUGAGAAGGAACGGAAGAAAUAUGUCAGAAGAAGAAGUUACCUUAGCUACACGGCUGGCAUGGAUAAAUAUGGAAUGGUUUCUGUUGCUGCAAAGAGGAAACAGGGCAAUUUGGCCAGUCUAACCAUCAAGGAAAAUGAAGAAGUCAGCUUUGCUAGUGUAAAGCCAUCUGAGACUGUCAAAAUGUUUGAUCCACUCCCCGAGAGCAUAUUUACUGAACCAAUACAAUUAGAUAAGAUGAGUACAAUUAGCCAGAGACAUGCCUCCCCUGAGUUCCAGCCCUGUGAGAGCAGUUCCCUGUACCCCCUACAUAAACACCUGCUCAUCAGAAGGUCCCUGAGGUGCAAGGAAUGUGAGCACAACUUAAGCAAACCAGAGUUCAACCCAAUAUCCAUCAAGUUCAAGAUCCAGCUUAUUGCCUUGCACCAUAUACCAGAGAUAAAGAUUUUCUCUCCCCCAGAGCUGGUUGUGAAGAAGGAUUGUAAGGUGAUCUUGUCUGUGACAAACCCCAGUGUUUACAACAGUAGUAUUGCUUUCUUACCAAUGGAUCCUAAAGAGGACGACUUCAGUACUGCCAAGGUAGAACUGCCAAAACAAGCCAUAGUUGUUGCCCUUAGAGAUGAUGCAGCCUUGUAUGAUGAUGCAAGUCAGGGUCAAGAAGCAUUCAAGGAUGAUUCAAGUGUGAUAGCAUACAGAAAGUCAAACAAAGUGGGCGUGUUUAUCAAGGUGAAGCCUCAGAAUCCAGAACAGGAGGUCAAGGUGUCCUUUAUACUGAAGCAUGAGUACAGGAACACUGCUAUAGCGCUCCCUAGUGAGAAUCAGGAGCCUCAGAUUGUCUCCCUUCAGCAUCAAGUCUUCAUCAACCUGGGACCUGUCAAGAGGAAGUGAAGGCCAGGGAUCAUAGAGAUGUGUUCCCUAUAAUUAAUUAAACAUAGAUAAAAAAUAUACAUUAUGUGCAAUAUGAUAUGAACACUGAGGUCAUUGGUUAACUUAUGUUCAUUUUGAUUGUAAGGUCUGUAUGUGUUAUUAAAAUCUAUCUACUCUUUGUAAUCAUUGGUUACCGUUGAGAGAAUAAUGUAUUAGAGUGGCUUUUGCUACAAUUGAAAGUAUUAGUUAUGUAAAAGUUAUUUAUAAUUGAUAAAACAAUGUAGGUAAGGUCUGUGCUUAAGUAACUGUAAACCUGCUUUGCUUGGAUAAAAAAAAAAUGAGAUUCACACCCUUCCUUCACAUAUUUUACUUUAUCAAGCAGUCAAUUUAUGACCAAAGGAAAUGAAUUGCUGAAGAUUUCAGUUUAGAUUUAUGUAAUCACAGCUAAAAAUUGUUUUUUAGUGUAUUAUUAUACACUGCAGUGGUCUUUUCUCUUUGGCUUAAUGUUGGUGAAGGUGUAAGUGCUUAAAAUAAAAUGAUCAAAAAUAUUGCUUAAAA